AUGAAGAUCAUUUCUUCCUUGUCCCUGCUUCUCAUUUGCCUGGCUGCACUGCAGCUCCACGCAAAUGCCUCUCAAGAGGCCCAGCUGAGAGAGUUCAUGUUGUCUAGGAGGAACAGCGACAGCACCGACACGUUCAAAGUGCGCAACAUAGCCGACAGGUUUGCCGGCAGCCUGAGCGCGGAGAGCUCUGUCUCUGACCAGAGCUCCAUGAAGGCGGCCGACAUGAUCACGGCGUUGCCCGGGCAGCCGGAGGGCGUCGACUUCAACCAGUACGGCGGGUACGUGACCGUCGACGAGGAGAACGGCCGCGCGCUCUUCUACUACCUCGUCGAAUCGCCAUCCGGUGCCUCGGACAAGCCACUCCUCCUGUGGCUCAACGGAGGGCCAGGAUGCUCGUCGCUGGGCUACGGGGCAAUGCAGGAGCUGGGCCCGUUCCGAGUAACUGAGGACAACAGAACCCUCAGCAGAAACAUGAACGCCUGGAACAACGUGGCUAACGUGAUCUUCCUGGAGUCGCCGGCCGGUGUGGGAUUUUCUUACUCGAACACGUCUGCGGACUACGAUCUCAGUGGAGACGAGAGAACUGCUGAUGACGCCUACGUCUUUCUGGUGAAAUGGCUGGAGAGGUUCCCCGAGUACAAGGGCCGCGCCUUCUACAUCUCCGGGGAGAGCUUCGCCGGCCACUACGUGCCGGAGCUCGCCGCCACCAUCCUGCUCCACAACACAUACAGCAACAGAACCAUCAUAAACCUUCAGGGCAUCCUGGUUGGAAAUCCGUACCUUGACGCCAACAGGAACAUUAAGGGCGCGAUCAACUACUACUGGACCCAUGCGGUGAUGUCCGACGAGGUCUACGCCAAUAUCACCAAGAACUGCGACUUCGACAGCGUGGAUGGUACGUUUACGAACGCCGCAUGCAACGGCGCCGUCGACGGGUUCAGCGCUGGCAACAUCGAUGGCUACAACAUAUACGCUCCAGUUUGCAUUGACGCGCCCAAUGGAACAUAUUACCCCAGUGGCUACUUAGCUGGAUAUGAUCCAUGCAGUGAUUAUCCUACUCAUGCCUACCUCAAUGACCCAGCGGUGCAGAUGGCGUUCCACGCUAGAAUGACCAAGUGGACAGGGUGCACAAACUUGAACUGGAAAGAUGCGCCAAUGUCCAUGCUGCCAACCAUCAAAUGGUUGAUCGAAAGCAAGCUUCCGAUUUGGAUUUUCAGUGGUGAUUUUGAUACUGUGUGCUCACUUCCGGGGACGAGGUAUUCUAUCCAGGACCUUGGCCUCUCUGUGACCACCCCAUGGCGUCCAUGGAUAGCAAAGGAGGAGGUGGGAGGCUAUGUUCAGCAAUACGCGGGGGGAUUCACAUUCCUAUCUGUGAGGGGUGCUGGCCAUCUGGUUCCAUCCUUCCAGCCUGAGAGGGUCUUGUCCCUGUCUCAGGAGGCUCAGCUCAAGAAAUUCAUCUCCUCCAGGAAGAACAGCGCCAGCAGCACCGACACGUUCCGAGUGCGUAACAUAGCUGACAGGGUUGCCGGCAGCCUGAGUACGGAGAGCACUGUCUCUGACCAGAGCUCCAUGAAGGCCGCCGACAAGAUCACGACGUUGCCCGGCCAGCCAGAGGGCGUCGACUUCGACCAGUACGGCGGGUACGUGACGGUCGAUGCGGAGAACGGCCGCGCGCUCUUCUACUACCUCGUCGAAUCGCCUUCCGGUGCCUCGGACAAGCCUCUCGUCCUGUGGCUUAACGGAGGGCCGGGAUGCUCGUCGCUCGGAUUCGGCGCAAUGCAGGAGCUCGGCCCGUUCCGCGUAACUGAGGACAACAAAACGCUCAGCAGAAACAUGAACGCAUGGAACAACGUGGCUAACGUGAUCUUCCUCGAGUCGCCCGCCGGAGUGGGUUAUUCCUACUCGAACACGUCUUCCGACUAUGAUCUCAGCGGAGACGAGAGAACAGCCGAUGACGCCUACGUGUUUCUGGUGAAAUGGCUGGAGAGGUUCCCGGAGUACAAGGACCGGGCCUUCUACAUCUCCGGGGAGAGCUACGCCGGACACUACGUGCCGGAGCUUGCCGCCACCAUCCUACUCCACAACACAUACAACAACAGAACCGUCAUAAACCUUCAGGGCAUCUUGGUGGGAAAUCCGUACCUUGAUGCCAACAGGAAUAUUAAGGGGGCGGUUGACUACUUCUGGACCCACGCGGUGAUGUCGGACGAGGUCUACGCCAAUAUCACCAAGAACUGCGACUUCGACAACUUGAAUGGUACAUUUACAGAUGCCGCAUGCAUGGGAGCUGCCGUGGCGUUCGACUCUGGCUACAUCGAUGGCUACAACAUAUACGCUCCGGUGUGCAUUGACGCGCCCAAUGGAACGUAUUACCCCGCUGGCUACUUACCUGGGUAUGAUCCGUGCAGUUAUUAUCCUACGGAUGCCUACCUCAAUGAUCCAGCGGUGCAGAUGGCUUUCCACGCUAGAACGACAAAGAUGGUUGCACUUGCAGGUGGGAGGCUAUGUUCAGCAGUAUGCCGGGGAAUUCACGUUCCUAUCUGUGAGGGGAGCUGGCCAUAUGGUUCCAUCCUUCCAGCCUGA